GCUCCUGACUCACAGGGGGUUUCCGGUUGACUCGGGCUGUUAGUUCGGGAUCAGUCUGUGGUAUUCUCGUUCCGGGGCCCCGAUAUGUCCGCAUACAGGGGGGUAAAGAUGUGGCCCCUGCUGCUCAUUGUGGGGGUGUCCGGGGUGUAUUGCGGUCACUCUCUCCAGUAUUAUUACACCGCGGUCUCGGCUCCGGGACACGGUCUGCCGGAGUAUAUUAUGGUCGGGUAUGUGGACGGGAUCCAGAUAUCGGAUUAUAACAGCGACCGCGGCCGGACUGUCCCUGUCGCUCGGUGGAUGGAGAAAGCGGGACCGGAAUACUGGGAGAGAGAGACACAGAAAGGCAAAGGCCACGAGGCUGUAUUUAAAUACAAUGUGAGGACAGCAAUGAGCCGCUUCAACCACACCGGAGGUGUCCAUUCCUUCCAGGCGAUGUACGGCUGUGAGCUGAGGGAUGACGGCAGCACCGGGGGGUACGAGCAGCGCGGAUAUGACGGGGGGGAUUUCCUCGUCCUGGACACCGAGCGCUGGGUUUAUGUUCCGGUCGUUGCCGAGGCGCAGAUCACCGCACAGAGAUGGAACGGUCCGGAGCUGCGAGUGGGAGAGAGAUAUAAGAAUUACCUGGAGAUCGAGUGUAUAGAAUGGCUGAAGAAAUACAUCGAGAACGGACGGGAGGAGCUGGAGCGGAGAGUUGCCCCGGAGGUGAAGGUUUCAGCCCAGACUUUAGAGGGGGCCACAAAGCUUCACUGCCAGGUGUACGGGUUUUACCCCCGCGAGGUGGACGUGAAUUGGAAGAGGAACGAGAUAGAUAUUCCCUCGGAUGAGGCCAAACAGGUUCUCCCCAAUACCGACGGCACUUACCAGAUCAGGGUCACCGUGGAAGUGACUCCAAAAGAGGGGGACAGUUACUCCUGCCACGUGGACCACGGCAGCCUGGCAGAGCCACUCAUUGUGAUGUGGGAUCCGAGGAAGGGCGGAAGCAGCAGCACCGUGUACAUCGUCAUUGCAGUCGUUGCAGGGAUCGCUGUCGCUGCUGCUGUUGGGUUUAUAUUAUGGAAGAGGAGAGGCAGACGUCCCGUUUACACCCCGACUGGCACGUCAGAUGGGUCUCCGGCCGCACCCACGACGUAAAUCUCCGCAAACAGAAGGGAUCCGUGCCGGGAAUUCCGUGUAGGAGAUGGGAGAAAAUCCCCCGCCUGGCGCCGGUCCCUGCGUCCACUUCUUAUAACUCACAGAAAUCAAAAGCUUUUAUAGGAAUUGCUUAAAGUCGUAUAAUCUGCUUUAUACUUGCAAAUAUACUCAUAUAAAUACCUGGGAACUCUCCGGGUCAACACCUGAAUCCUCCGGGUCGCGGGGUCUUGACAUGGCCCACCCUUUUCCCCUUUAAAUAAGGAUAUUUCCCAUGAUGUCAGCGGGUAGUCCUGGCCGCGUCCCUCUAGAGUAGGCUCUGGGUAGCCGGAGCCCAGAAGUUCCCAGGUUUGUUCAUAUACAGUAAGUUUUAGUGGGUGAUUCACUGCUUUGCUACAAUAAGAUACUCGGUAAUAUUUUUGCCUCAUUAUCUAUAAAUAAGGGUAGAAUAUGGGGGUCUCGGGCUGUAAUAAUCUCUGUUUGAUGAGAGAUAUGUAAAUGAGGACAAACUCAGAACCUCAGACAGAAAGCACUGAGACACGUAAAACAUGGAGGAUUCCGGGGGUUCUGGCGACUGCAGACCAGUAAGCCUUACAUCAGUAUCUUGGCAAGAGACAGCUUGUAGCUGAUUGUUCAGAGGAGGCCCUUCUUACUAGCGGGGGACCUCGGGGACCCAUUUUUUCAUGUUUUUAUAAAAACAUUACAGGUGGUCUUGAAGAUAAGGCGCGUCUCUUCAACAAUACAGAGGUCUGUAAGCCAUUGGCUGAUGGUAAACGGGAUCUGUGAGGGGCGACAACAGACGAGAUGGGGCUUGGAAAUAAUUAUUUUAAGAGCUUAAGGACUGGCGGGUUAUUAAUUAUUUUUGUGAUGUUUAGAUCUGUUUAACGCGCAAUAAAAUGAUUACAAUAAAAUAUAUAUAAAA